UCGCUUCUAGUUUGUCGUUCGUGGGUGAGUGACUGAUUGCUGUGUGUUUGCUGCGAUGCCUGAGCCGGCCAAGUCUGCCCCCGCGCCCAAGAAGGGCUCCAAGAAGGCGGUGACCAAGACGCAGAAGAAGGGCGACAAGAAGCGCAAGAAGAGCCGCAAGGAGAGCUACUCGAUCUACGUGUACAAGGUGCUGAAGCAGGUGCACCCCGACACGGGCAUCUCGUCCAAGGCCAUGGGCAUCAUGAACUCCUUCGUCAACGACAUCUUCGAGCGCAUCGCCGGCGAGGCCUCGCGCCUGGCGCACUACAACAAGCGCUCCACCAUCACGUCGCGGGAGAUCCAGACGGCCGUGCGGCUCCUGCUGCCCGGCGAGCUGGCCAAGCACGCCGUCUCCGAGGGCACCAAGGCUGUCACCAAGUACACCAGCUCCAAGUAAGCCGGCUCUGCCCUGUGCUGGCCCUUAACCCAAAGGCUCUUUUAAGAGCCACCCACUUAAUCAUUAAAAGAGCUUUAA